UUUUGUAUCUUUCUUUCUGCAGAAGAAAAGAGAGACGAGGAAAAGCAGGGUUUGGGUUUUCCUUCUGAAACUCKYCUCAAAUUUGUUCUCCCUACAAAUUAUCCUGUCAUUGGUUCCCAAUACUGGUUUCUCAUCGUGUUUUCGCCAUGUCCGCUCUCAAGUAUCUCGAAUCUCAGCGUAACGCUCAGCCGGAGCUUGCCGAUUGGUACAAUGCGUUGGAAGAUUUGUAUCAGAAGAAGCUUUGGCACCAACUUACCCUCAAGCUUGAGCAGUUCGUUGCCCUAGCUGUAUUUCAGGCUGGAGAUGCUUUAAUACAGUUGUAUCAUAAUUUUAUCACUGACUUUGAGACAAAGAUCAAUCUGCUCAAGCUUGCCCAUUUUGCUGUAAUAGUUUCUCGGCAAUAUCCUGAAAAAGAAGCUGCUAUUGUUUAUCUUGAGGGAGUGAUUGAUAAACUUCGAGCUACAAGGGAAUUACGUAUAGAGGAGCCGAUCCUUUAUGUCAAGAUGCAGAUUGCUGCUUUCAAACUUGAGCAAGGGGACCAAAAAGAGUGCAAGAAACUGUUGGAAGAUGGGAAGACUACACUUGAUGGCAUGACUGAUAUUGAUCCAUCAGUAUAUGCAAGCUAUUACUGGGUUUUAUCUCAGUACCAUAAAUCUCGUCAGGAAUUUGCAGAAUUCUAUAAAAGUGCACUUCUUUAUCUGGCAUACACAUCAGUGGAGUCCCUUUCAGAAACGUUCAAGCUGGAUUUGGCAUUUGAUUUGUCCCUUUCAGCUCUGCUUGGAGAUAACAUCUACAACUUUGGAGAAUUGCUUGCACAUCCAAUCAUAAAGUGCCUUCUAGGGACGAAAGUGGAAUGGCUCUACUACAUUCUCCAGGCUUUCAAUUUUGGUGAUUUAGGUCGUUAUCAAGAACUCUGUCAUGUUCAUAAAGCUGCUUUGAUGUCUCAGCCAGCAUUAGUAGAGAAUGAAAAGAAACUGUUGGAAAAAAUUAACAUUCUCUGUUUAAUGGAAAUCAUCUUCAGUCGUCCCUCGGAAGAUCGCACUAUUCCAUUAAGUGUCAUUGCAGAGAGAACCAAACUUUCCAUAGAAGAUGUAGAAUACCUUCUGAUGAAGAGCCUUUCUGUUCAUCUUAUUGAGGGGAUAAUUGAUCAAGUUGAGGGAACGGUUCACGUUUCUUGGGUGCAACCAAGGGUUUUGGGGAUACCCCAGAUCAAAUCCUUGCGUGACCGUCUGGACAACUGGUUGGACAAAGUUCAUACUGCUUUGUUGUCUGUUGAGGCGGAAACACCUGACCUAGUGGCGUCGUGAUUGUAUGUUGCUAGUAUCUUUUUUAUGCUUGUAUCAAUGUGGCACCCUGAAAAGGUGAAAGAAAAAAUGAAAGGGGAAAUGCUAGUUGCUUGUUGGACUCAAGGCACUUACAUUUUUGGCUAAUCUUUCUUGAAUCAUUUUUUGGAAGGUGCAGCCUAAUGUCUUGUAUUUUUUUUAUUCUUCGGAGUUGGAUUCACGAGGGCAUGAUUAAGAGACAUGUUGAGUAGUGCUUUCAGAAAAUAUCUAUCUUUAUUCUAAUGAAUGAUGCUUAAAUUUA